UGAGUUUGAGACCAGCCUGGACUACACAGUGAAUUCCAGGUGUAUUCCAGAGAAAAGUCUUCAAACAUCUUUGCUGUAUUUGAUGCUGAGUGACUGUCAGGGGACUCAGGCUUAUGAGGAGGUACUGUCACAUAGAACAGUGUCUAGUGAAGACGACAAGAAAGAGAGGAAAAGAUCGGAAAAAGAAGCUAAAAUACUAUAGAAAACCAUGAGAUCUAUUCGAUCUUUUGCUAAUGAUGAUCGCCAUGUCAUGGUGAAACAUUCAACAAUCUAUCCAUCUCCAGAGGAACUUGAAGCUGUUCAAAAUAUGGUGUCUACUGUUGAGUGUGCCCUUAAACAUGUCUCAGAUUGGCUCGAUGAAACAAAUAAAGGCACAAAAACAGAGGGUGAGACAGACAUGAAGAAAGAUGAGGCUGCAGAAAACUAUUCCAAGGACCAAGGUGGUCGGACAUUGUGUGGUGUAAUGAGGAUUGGCCUGGUCGCAAAAGGCUUGCUGAUUAAGGAUGAUAUGGACUUGGAACUGGUUUUAAUGUGCAAAGAUAAACCCACAGAGACCUUGUUAAAUACAGUCAAAGAUAAUCUUCCUAUUCAGAUUCAGAAACUCACAGAAGAGAAAUACCAAGUGGAACAAUGUGUAGAUGAGGCAUCUAUUGUAAUUCGGAAUACAAAAGAGCCCACACUAACUUUGAAGGUGAUACUUACUUCCCCUCUAAUUAGGGACGAAUUGGAGAAGAAGGAUGGAGAAAAUGUUGCGAUGAAAGAUCCUCCGGACUUACUGGACAGGCAGAAAUGCCUGAACGCCUUGGCGUCUCUCCGACAUGCCAAAUGGUUUCAGGCACGGGCAAAUGGAUUAAAAUCAUGUGUAAUUGUUCUUCGUAUACUACGUGAUUUGUGCAACAGAGUCCCGACAUGGGCACCAUUAAAAGGAUGGCCACUAGAACUUAUAUGUGAAAAGUCUAUAGGUACUUGUAAUAGACCUUUGGGCGCUGGGGAGGCCUUGAGACGAGUAAUGGAGUGUUUGGCAUCUGGAAUACUACUUCCUGGGGGUCCUGGUCUUCAUGAUCCUUGUGAGCGGGACCCGACAGAUGCUCUGAGCUAUAUGACUGUCCAGCAAAAAGAAGAUAUCACCCACAGCGCACAGCAUGCACUCAGACUAUCAGCCUUUGGCCAGAUUUAUAAAGUGUUGGAGAUGGACCCUCUUCCAUCUAGUAAGCCCUUUCAGAAGUAUUCCUGGACAAUUACUGAUAAAGAAGGUGCUGGCUCUUCAGCUCUAAAGAGACCGUUUGAAGAUGGAUUAGGGGAUGAUAAAGAUCCCAAUAAGAAGAUGAAACGAAACUUAAGGAAAAUCCUGGAUAGUAAAGCAAUAGACCUUAUGAAUGCACUAAUGAGGCUCAAUCAAAUCAGGCCUGGGCUUCAGUAUAAGCUCUUGUCUCAGUCGGGCCCUGUCCAUGCUCCGGUCUUCACAAUGUCUGUAGAUGUUGAUGGAACAACAUACGAAGCCUCAGGACCAUCCAAGAAAACUGCAAAACUUCACGUAGCAGUGAAGGUAUUGCAGGCAAUGGGAUACCCAACAGGCUUUGAUGCAGAUAUUGAAUGUAUGAGUUCCGAUGAAAAAUCAGACAAUGAAGGCAAAAAUGAAACAGUGUCUUCAAACUCAAGCAAUAAUACUGGAAAUUCUACAACUGAAACCUCCAGUACCUUAGAGGUAAGAACUCAGGGCCCUAUCCUCACAGCAAGUGGCAAAAAUCCUGUAAUGGAGCUCAAUGAAAAAAGACGAGGUCUCAAGUAUGAACUCAUCUCAGAGACUGGUGGAAGCCACGACAAGCGGUUUGUAAUGGAGGUAGAAGUAGAUGGACAGAAAUUCAGAGGCGCAGGUCCAAAUAAGAAAGUAGCAAAAGCAAGUGCAGCUUUAGCUGCUCUGGAGAAGUUGUUUUCUGGACCCAAUGCAGCAAAUAAUAAGAAAAAGAAGAUUAUUCCUCAGGCAAAAGGUGUUGUGAAUACAGCUGUGUCUGCAGCAGUCCAGGCAGUUCGAGGCAGAGGAAGAGGAACUCUGACGAGGGGAGCUUUCGUUGGGGCUACAGCUGCUCCUGGCUACAUAGCUCCAGGCUAUGGAACACCAUAUGGUUACAGCACAGCUGCCCCUGCCUAUGGUUAAUACUUUUAAGCAGUUUUCAGCACGUUUAUCUCACUUUAUUCUCGUUCUCCUCGGACCUUCGUAGCCAUAUCACUUGUAUAAAAUAGGCUGAGAUAUAGUGACUGUAAGCUGUGAUCUCAGUAUACAAAGGUAAGCUCUUUUAUUUUCUGAUUAAAGAGAAAAAUAAGCAAUUAACACAACUUGGAUAUAUGACAAUCAUAUGAUGUAUUUGAUGUCUUAGGUCUUAUGUCAUCACAUUACCUUGAAAAAUUUUAUGAUCUAAAUGUAAAAUAGUUAUUUUAAACAUUUGUUUUAUUACCCUUGUAAAUGUUUUUUAUUCAAGAGAGAUAUUUCACAUUCAGUAAGUUAAAAUUUGUGUAUGUGUGUAGAAACUGAGGCUGUAACAUGUAUAUAAAUCACACAUACAGGUACUUGUUUAAAUUUAGAACUAAGUAGUAGGAACAGUUCACCUAAGAUGUGUGUAAUGGCAGGGCAUGCUUCUGUCCAAAGCACUGGAAUUUCAGAAGCAGCAGGAUUGGAGACAGUGCUGGUGUGAUCCGUAAAUGUAGCUCUUACAUAAGCUGAGGAUCAAAGUGCCAAUUUCUCAAGGAGAGAAGCUUCUCUGAGAAAUAAAAUCUCUGAUUUGUGUUGUAUACGCCAAUACAACAGCAAGAAGCCAUAAAAAAAAAGCAAUAGAAAAUGAAAAAAAACAAACUAGGUAACUAUGGGAAAAAAUAUAAUUGACAGUUAAGCUACUUAUUUGCAGAAUUGACUUUAGUUAGACUCAGAAAGGUGAAUACCAAGUCUGCAGAGACCAAAUAGACUUAAGGUAGUUUGUCUCUUUUCCAGGUUAAGUAGCUAGAAUAUUUAUUUCCCACCAUAUUCAACCAUCAUGGAGUUUAUUUCAAAGAUGUGAGGAUUAGACCAAAUAUUUCAAUCAAGACUUGGCUUCGUUUAGUGUGUCUCACAAAUACAUUUCAUUAUGUAUUAGAUGUUCUGUGCAAAGGCUGUAUUUGGUACACAAACACACACACACACUAAAAUGGAUUUCAUAUUUUGUAUUUGAUUCUAAGUGGCAGUUUCUCUUUAUUACUAACUUAAAGGUUGCUGGAACAACUUUCUCCCCCCAUAUAGAAUCUGGGUGUACAUUUCACAAGGCUUUGGCAUCUGUGAAGUGUUGUACAAGACAGAGCUGACUAGUUCCAAGUGCAAUCCAGUCCUGUGCAAGAGCCCAGUGCCUGCUGUGUGCCAGGUCCUUCUAUAGGUCCAGUGGAAGCAUUUUAAGUCCAAGAGUCUCUUUGGGGGGUGGAAUUGGCCCUACUAUAAAUAUCCUACUUUGAGAGACAAACAGUAUAUUAACAGUGGCAAGAGAAUAUUACUUAAUAGUUUAAUUAUAAACUGUUGAAUAAUGUAGGCUCUAUGACAUGACUGUAACAUGUAACACCUGGAAAUUCAUUCAUUUAACAUAUUUCUGGUCCUUUUGUUUGUGAACCUCUUUCCAAGUAUGUGAACUGUGAAAUGAAUGACAAAUACCCUAGUCUUUUUAAGGCAGUUUUUAUAGUGUGGCACAGAGCAGUGUUGUUAACUUUCGACCCAGAGCACAAGUUGUGUUUCUUUAUUUAAAUGACAGUGGAGGAGUUUUACCAUUGCAAUCAAUCAUUCUCUGUAAUUUCCCCGUUUCUUAGAUUUCAUCAGUAAUUGUACUGCUCAGUACUAAUACCAAGUAGAGGAGUGAGUUACCUAUAAGAGCUAAGGAUAUUCCCCCCGCUCCAGGCAGUUAGAUUUGUAGUAAUUAAGCGCCUUAAAAGAGCAGUGAAAGGAAAAAACAGCCUGCUCUUGAUUGGCCUCCCUGUAAUUCCUAUCCUUCCCAUGCCAGUGCCUUCUGAGGGCAGUGGGGGCAUCUCUGAAGUCACUCAGAACAAGAAAGGUGCCAUGGGCUUCUCUGUCUGGUAGUGGGCCAUCGAGUGGCCACAGGUUCCUCAGUGUUAGUAGGCAGCCUGGAAGGGAGAAGGUGGCAAGUGAAUAACAACAGCAGAGCUGAGAAACUGCUGCCGAGGUGAGUUUUAACACCUGUGUGUAUCUUGCUAGCACUUACGGAGCACAGCAUUUCUUAUAUAAGGGCCCGUCUUUUUCUAACGGCAUCUUCCAGAAAGACUUUAAGUCAAGAAUUCAGGUUGAAUUAGUUGUAAGAAUAGAUAUCCCUCCUACAUUAUCAUUUCAGUUAGGAGCCAACAGCUUCCAUUGAUGUUUGAAGCAGUGAUCUUUGGAGGUUUUAAAAAUAGUACCGUAAUGCAAAUUGGGUUAUGUAAGCUUUACAGCACAGAUAGAAAUAGGAAAUAGAAACCAUGUGGAAAUCUGGGCCAGAGUAUUUCACUCCACCAUAUUCCCAAGGGGCUUGGAGAUCCAAUGAUUGAAACCCAGAAAGUGCUUUGAAGGGUACCUGGUACACAGCAAGUACUUGGUGUGACGGGAGGCAAGGCUUUGCCAACAGGUGGCUAAAAAGCAGGUACUUCGCUUUCUUAGGGCGAAGCUGUUUGUCCCUUUAUGCUGACUGGUUUGGGCUGCUCCCAGGCUUAGGGAGAGGAUUCCGAGCUCCAGGGACAACAGGAAACACUGAUGCCCGCAAUUCUGCUGUGAUAGUUCAAUCAAUCAAUCACCAGCCAUUCUCUGCCCAGGGCUUGUAAAUACUUAAGUUUGGGAUUUAAAGGUGCUCAGAAUUUCAUAAGAGCUGAACUUAGAUUGUCUGUCAACCUGCUGAUUCCAAGUUUCUUGCCAGUGCAUUAAUAAUAAAAGCUGGUGUUUGAUUACGGCCACUGCCAGAAUCCAACCUUCAAGGCUCACAGAGACUGGUGGGUGGAGAGCAAGUUAUUAUUAUAAACUGCAGAAGGGAGUGGAUGGCCCUGGGUGGUACACCUAGAAAGCUGUGAACUCAGAUCCUUCUAAGGAUCCUACAGCUUGUCUUUUUGUUUGUACUGACACUGAGAGGAAAAUGUACACACAUCACCAUAUAUGACCACCCUUCUUAGGAAAAACAUUAUCAAACUAUUCGUGUCUGUCCAUCUUUCCGUUUAUCUACCUGUCCUAGAUACACUUGGGAGGUCCUGUUCGACAAGAGGGAAAAUAGGUAGAUGGUGACAUUGCUGCUAUUGGACUGAAUAUUCCUGGUUUGAAUAGAUUUGCAAUAGUUCAGCAGCCUCUGUGUCCCAGGCUGUUGGCAGGAGGUGAGCUAAGUGGGCAGUACAGAUUGAGCUUCGACAUGUUGUAAGUUUGUAAAAACCCUGUGAAGAAAUAACAAAUGUAACCUUUAAGGUGCCCAGUAAGAUAGGUUUGCCUGUAGUCCAAAGGUGUAUUCAUAAAUCCAAGCGAUAAUUGUGUAUAACUAGUGUCCUCACAAAGUUACUACAUUUAUUCCUUCUCAUCUGAAGCUGUUGAUAAAAUCAUUGCCUCAUUCAGCCAACAAUGAAGCCCUCCCUUACCAAUUAGUUAUUUUUAUUUAUUUGUUUGUUUAGUACCGGGAAUCAAACUUGGGUCCUUGCGCUUGCCAGGCAGACGGUGGAACUAUUGAGCUAAAUCCCCAGCCCUACCAAUUAGUUAUUACCACCUUAAUUUCUUAUUCCAAGGAGGGCUGUAGUCUCUUUCUGUAGAAAUUUGCUGUUAGUGCAAAUGACCUGGGCUGCCCCUGCUGGCCUAUAGGGUGGAAAUUGCCAUCAGUGGCCCAGGCUGCAGCAGCAGCUCUGUGGAACCAUCUUUUUCUGCUGCUGGAUGGCCAGCAGGGGAGGGUGGCAUUGGUGUGGCUACUGUGAAGACAUUGUCUCAGCACUGCCAAGGUACCCGCUGUCCCUCUGCAUUGUCUAGGCUCUCCUGUCUUGAUCCUGUUGUAUUAUAGUGUGGACAGAGGGGCUCUGCCUUCAAGUGUCAACUGACUGCCCCACAGAUCCAAUUAUGGCAGCUGGUUCUUUAGGUCAUUUGAGCUAUAGACAGCAGAUUGAAGAAGCAGGAAUGGGAGAGAAGAGGGAAAGUUGCUAGAAUUGGCAGCUUGUGUGUGUCAGGUACCUGGACAGUCUUCUUAAUUCUCAAACAGCCUUCUUGGAGGUGGUAUUAUUCCUCUUUUACAGAUGAAAAGCCUGAUACUCCAAGUGACAUGCUAGAGCCAGGAAAGAAACCCAGCUCCGUUUAAUGCCAAAGCCUUUCUGUUGCACCACGCUGCAGGUCACAAGGCUGGCUGUGGAGGCUGUGCUAGAACCUGGGUCUCUGACUUAAGAGUACCGCAGACCAGAUAUCCUGACCUAAAACAGGGAGUGUUUUUAGGCCAGUUGUGAAAGGCUAUCUAACAAACUGGAAAGACGAACUGAAAGCAGAGAGGGACUGUAUAAACAGAGAGCUUUUGGUGCUUAAAGCUUGUUUUUCUGUUUGAUUGGCAACAUGAAGCCGAGGUACAUGUCACCAGCUUGUGUUUCUGGGUGAAUGCUCAGCCCGGUUGAUAAGGGCGAUGGCGAUGUCUUCAAAGACGUGAACCCAACUCUGAAGGGAGGCAUGUGAGGCCACGACCCAGGGGGAAUAUGGAAGGGCAGCAGCCCAGGCUUGAGGUACAGGGAUAGGGGCUGUCCCUGGGCAGGUAUGAAGAGAGACUGAGACAAUGGCAGAUGUGAGUCCUGUUCUCCAUGUCAGGGGUUGGCUUAUGAUGGGCUGAAGGCAGGCUGCCAGCCUGGAGCAUGUACCUUCCCUCAUGUGGGGCCUGUGCUUGGCAAGGCUGGCUUGGAGAGCUCUGGGGACUCUGCAGAUCACAUCCCAGCUCCUUUGCUGAUUGAGAUCAACUGGGUCUCUGCUUAGGGGCAGGUGGGUGUGGGGAUGGACAAAGAAUCCUUUUCAGAGAAAGGUAUUUAUUCCUCACCCAACCUAAAUCAUCAUCUUUUGACAGUUUGACAAUUUUUCUGAGCAACGCUGCUGCCCUUAAGGGGAAGAGAAAAAAGGAAGCUUCUCUAAGCCAGGUUCUAGAGCACUGAGGUGUGAGAUUCUAUCUCUGGCCUAGAUAGAACACAGCACCCUGCAGAGCCCUUUCCACACCUGGCCCUACUUCUUGCUCUGCCUGUGAAUCAUUGCAUGGAUUGCCAGUCCUGCUCUUUAGACAGAGAAAUUGAAGCCUGGAGAUCUCUCCAAACCACUCUGCUUGUUUGUGGCAAAACACUGUGGUUUCUAAGUAGUUUUAACCACACAGAGAAAAUAACAUUUCAUAUGCCGUUUUGAGGGUUAACAGAAGCCCUUUCUUAGAGAUUGUUUUGAAUUCUGCAGUUGUGGGUUCUUGAAAUGUUUUUCCUUUCAUAGAUGAGGAAAUGAGGCAUAUCCAGUCACACAGUUCUUGCAGGCAGAGCCCGUGUACUGUGAUGACACUGUCUGUGUCCAGCACCAGUGCUGGAUAUUGCUCAUUCUGGAGCAGCUGUCUCCCUCCCUCAGCUGCAUGCUGCUCACCUUUCUCCCCAGACUUUGGGGCUGCAUCCUACAUGACUCAAAACCAACCAAGCAAAAAUUGACCUUCUCUGCCAGCAAUUAAGGCUCCUUGGGCUGUGUCUUGAGUUUCUUUGGAGGAACAGUUGGUUAGCUUGCUCUAGGACAGGAUGACUGACUAGUCAGCCCAGAGCUGGCAGCUGGCUACACAUUCAAGUCUUGUUUCCAUAGACCAUGGGAACAGUUUCAUACUCAGACCCUGUGUGUAAUAAAGUGCAAAUUCUGUAAUUGCUGCUUGGAGAGCUAUUCAGGGAGAGUGGAGAGGCUGGGGGAUGUAAUGUGAGAAGUCUGAGUUUUAUGGUCAGCCUCCUGUGCACUUUGGUUUUGGCCCAUCCUGGCUAGAUCUUCAGUAUAGGCUUUAGCCAAGGGGUCACUCUCACAGGGGCACAUUUUCCAGAGCAUUCAGAAGUAGGGCUCUUCUUGGACUCUUCUGUCAUAUAGAGAGUCUCAGAAGUUGCUUCACUUCCUAAAAUGAAAUCAGAGAACUAGGAUAUUGAGGCUAAUGAAGGGCAGCCCUGGGACGAACCUGGAUACCUGUUAGAUGUGUUAAAUGAUUCUGUUUAGUGUCCACAGUCCCAGAAGGUGAAGACAGAAGCUGGCUGGGUGUUUGGCCCGUGGGUUAGAUGGAGUGGCCUUGGGGGAGCAGGGUGGGUGCAAAGUGAGCUCUAGAUUGCUGAUUGUGUUCAGGGAGUGGUCUGGAUGGUCUAGAGGAACUUCUUCCAUAGGGUAUCUAUUUGGAUUGAUUGGUGAUAUUGCUGAGACCACUUCUCCCUGUUUGGGCAAAUGGAUUUAUUGAGAAAAUAUUCACUAUUACCUGCUACUUCCUGCCUGGCUCUGUCACAGGCCGAGGAGCAGUUGGAGGAAACCAUGAGAUUUUCCACUUCAGGAGCUGAGGUGGAGGGCAUAGGAAGGAAGAGGGCAUUUGAAAAGCAUCAGAGUCAUCCUCCGUGAGAGAGCCAGUCAGCAGCUCUCUCCUGCUGCCAGGUAUGCUGUACCCCAGCCCAGGGCCCUUGGCAGGUCUCCCUGCCCUGCGGAAGAGGAGCCAGGCCUUCGAGAUGACGUGCAGAAUAGGAAGGGAUUAGAGCUGAGUCACUUACAUGAUCCAGGUGGCCUAGGCUUCCCACUUGGGUGGCACGGAGCUGGGCAGGGGACCUCAGCGGGGAAGGUAUUUGUGUACAGAAAGGCUCAGUGCCCUGGGUAACAUAAAGUGCUGUCACGGGAACUGGGAUGCAUAGCAUGGUGGGAUGGCAGGUAGAGUGCAGGACUCGGGCCAUGUUGAAAGGGCCAGGUGCUAUGCGCUUUCAUGGUUACCAUUAUCCAACAUGGUCAGAGUUGAGAAGGGCAGUUGGGACAGAGCACGAUCAGAGAGGACUGAUGAGGUCCAAGUGAGAAUGAGAGAGGCUGGUGGAGCUGCAGUAGAGAUGGAGGCAGGAGCAAGGUCUGCACAAGCCGGGUCCUCUGCUGGGCUAAGCCAGGUACCUAGUAGCACCCAGCCCCAGGCCAGGGAACAACGGUGCCCACUGGAGCAGGAGCCCUGCAGAGCUCUUACACCAGACGUCUGCUCAGUGGUUAGCUGGCGACAGUGCGGCCUCUGACCAAGUCAUGGAAGGGAGGAUGCUGACGGCACGUGUGGUGUUGGGACACAGCAGGGCCCCUUGCUUAGCUACAAGUGUGUGGCCAGUCAGCCAGCAUCUUUAUCAUUCCCCUCAGUUUCUGGGUGCCUGGGCAGUGACAGGUACUGGUGGUCCUUUAUACUGACCUUUUGCUUUAAACAUUUUUUAAAAGGGAUUUGUUUUGCACAGGGUGUUGCCACAUAGUUCUCGCUAGCCUUGAACUCACUGUGUAGCCUAGGUUGGCCUCAAACCGACAGUGAUCCUCCUGCCUCAGCCUGCACAAUUCUGGGAUUAGAGGCGUGUGCCUCCACACCUGGCAAUUGUAUUCUAACCUGGGCCAAGGCUGGCAGUGAGACCUAUUGGAUUCAGCAUAUGUGGAACAUGGUCAAUAGACCAGUGGGAAGGUACAGGCUUUCUUUAGUUUUGAGGAGGGAAAAGGCUGAAACUGAGAUUAGUGAAGGCUUUGCUUUGGGUGUCAGUUUUGUCACUCUGCUCGCCACCUCUGCUUCAUCAUGGUAGGCAAGGAGAUGGAAGACUAGAGGAAUCAGGGUGGGUUCUUCCCUUCUUUCCUACCUGCCUCCCUCCCUCCCUCUGGUGCUGAGUGGGUCAGUGAGUGCUCACCUUUAUUUUUGAAAUGAUAGAGCUGACAGAGCUGUGCUAGGCAAGACUGCCACAGAGUGAUAACCAGAGUGAAGAGGGGGGUCCUGCACCUCUGUAUUUCUACAGCUGUACUUGGUACUAGAACUCAAGGAAUGGCUGGGGUUGUGCAGGCUUUGAUCAGAGCUUUGGAGAGGUUCAAGGUGUGCUGAGACACUAACUUCAGCCAUCUUCGUGAGGCCAGAAUUCCAGGCCUAGAUGUCUGUGGGCCAUGCAGUCAGACACCACCCUCAAGUAUUAGGUUGAGGAGAUGGACAGGGAGCACUGCCUUAGCCCUGUGUCCACAGGCAUCUCCUGGAGAGGAACAGAUGCUCAGUAAGCCUCUGCCACGACUAUUACCUGUCAUUGCAGCACAGAAGCAGUCUCAGACAGUGGAGAAGGUGAAUGACACCAUGUCCGGUAAGAUUUACUUUCAAAAACAGGCCGUAUUUUGGCAACCCUUUAAAAAUUCCUUAACCUUUUGUCUUACUUGUGACAGGAAAAUUCUACCCUCUCCACUGCCUGGACCUGUGAAUCUCCGUGGCAGCUGUUGCUCAAAGGGGACUUAGGUUUUGAGACAGGUAGGACAUUGAAAGGGAAAAACAGGUGGCUAUAGAGCGAAACACAGUGUAGGAAGUGAUCCCAACUUCCACUCUUCUUCUGGGUCCCUGAAACAGAGAGAGGCGGGGAAGGUUCCUCUGAAAGGGACAGACUGAGGUGGUGGAGCAGAUGGCAUCGUGGUGCCAGCAUGGGAAGGGCCUUGCCUGCCAGCUGGGCGCACACAGGCUUGGCUCCUAGGAUGAUGGGAGCCACUGUGUUAUGUUGUGCUUGGGGAUAAAAUUGUCACCAGCACCUUCAGAAAUGGCUGUGGUUGUGGGAGACCAUGUCUGUAAUGACAAAUUAUGCCUAGGUUUAGGCUGGAUUUUGCUGCCAAGGGAUAGGAAUUCUGGAAUCAAGGCUUGGAGUUCUUGGUGCUAGCUAGGAUGGGAAAGCAAGUCCUGGGGAGUUGCUGGGUUUUUCUAACCUGCAACUAGAAACUGUAGUGGACCCAACUUUAGAAGGCCCGUGAGUACAGUCCUCGAGGGGACAUUUUAUUUCAUCUGCUUUUGGCCUGGGGUCUCGUAUCAGGGUGAAGUGGCAGAGCACUUCCCCCACCUGCCGCUGGGCCCGCGUGAAAGUAGAGGCAGGUGCUCCUUGGUGCAGUACUAACUGCAGGGUCAGGCUUCAGUUGGUGCAGAGGUGGAGCAGGAGACCGAUUGGGCUGCCCACUCUCCAGUCUUUCCCUGGGUGGAUUGUAAUCUCCAGGAACCAGGUGGGGGGUCCGAGAGCAAGUGUCCUUGAGUUGUGCUGUGAGGUGCAUGCCUGCUCCGUCCCCAGGAGGGGACUCACCUGGGAUCUUGCUCCCAGGCCAUCUCUUAGGGACGUGGGUGGCUCCAAGGCCCUGACAGGCAGUGUACUUUCUCAUCUCCAAGAAGGAGCACCUUGUACAUUUUUCUAGAGGUUUCUGUGUUUGUGGGCAACUCAUCUGGCACAGACAGAAAGAAACCGGGCCUGACUUUGGUGAAGAGUGCCAUCUGUCUGUGGCUGUGGUCUUUGAUCUGGCAGUGAGUCCCGUGCUGUGCCGCCCUAGCCUCACAGGGAUGCACCAGGGGUCACUCAGUGCUCGAGCCACACCCAGCACCCGCAUGCCAGCCUUCACAUAGGCUCUGGGCCACAUCUCCCAUUUUCCUGCACAGGGAAAAAGAUGUUCAGAAAGAAGUUGUUCUUUUGCUUUUAAACACUACCUUAAAUAUUUCUGCUGCUCUAGGAGUCAGAAUUUUUAUUAUUUGAAAAACAGAUGGAGAGUGGGGGAUAGGAGAUUCAGGUGCUUAGGUAGAUUUUCUUUCAGAAAUUUCUUUUCCAUCUGUAUCUUGGUAGUAACACUUCUGGUUUCCAGCUCUUUCCCCUCUUCUGGGUGGCCCAUGUUUUCCUCGCUUCUAGGUGGAGUGCUGCUCCUACUGACUUGGGAAUAAGCUCCUGCUGCGCACAAAUACCUAGGCAUAAGGAGUUUGAUUUGGUCGGGUGACAGGUCACAUUGGUCUCCUUAACACACUCAUGCUGUUUCUCAAGCUUCCUUGGAACCCACAUCAACCACUGGCUUCCCUAGGCUGUAGCCUUUGAUCACCCAGGUAGCAAUGGCAGCUGAUGUGUGAGUUUGUAUCUCACCUGUCUCGUUCCCUCCCCUCAUCAUCUUUCUUAUGCAGUUGGGUUAAAUAGGCUUUUUCCCUAACCAGUGGGACUUGCCGUGCUUGUGUGGGAGACGUUUAGGUAGGCCCCCUUUUCUGAGAGGUGGCUCAUCUGUGUCUUUAGGGCCUAUGCAUGUGUCUCGCUCUCCUUGUCUCCCAAGAAUCUAGGGUGACUGGCUGGUGAGCUGUGUAUUCUUCCCUCCACACACCCAGGGCCCAAGCAGGCAGUGAAUGCUUAGUCCAGGUGGGAACCUCUUGCUGUUGGCCCAUCUUCAGCAGACCUAACUCUUGGCCCUAGCAGUGUUUAUCCUAUUUUUCCCAUGGGAUCCAUCUGUCUGGCCAGCUCUGCUGACCUUUGGCUUUAGUGGCCGUCAGAGCCCUGGCACUUAGAAGCCAGGUGUCCCAGGGUGAUUGCGACAAGGAUGAGCACUCUUAGGAACAGGCUGAGGGCAGGCGGUGUGGGGAAGGGGCCAACCUCACAUGGGGCCCCUGGCCUCACACCGUGGGCUGUCCUGUCCUGUGUAUGUAGUGUUCUUGGAGGGCUAGCCAUUGUAGAUCCAAAGCCCUGGCUUGUCCCUACCAGGAGCAAGGUGGCCUUGCUCAGGCUGCGCCCUUCCUCAGCCCAGGGUGGGGCAAAGGGGGCAGAGGAAGGCUGAGUACAGUCGUGGGUAAAAACCUUUCCCUACUGCACGGUUCCACACAUGACAUUGGACUCCUGGCUGUAGCUCUGGUCUAGUGAUGCCACUAGUUUUUAGAAUCUA